UUAAUCCAGUUCCCAAACGAACCCCUGGUCUCUCUCUCUAGCUCAGUGCUUUGACCGAAAGAUGUAAAGAAGCGCAUUGCGCACUCCUCUGCCCAUCUACUCUGGCUAAAAGGAUCACUCUCUGCUCCUCUCUGCUUCUUCCUCCUCCUCUCUCUUUCAACAUCAUUGAUUAAUGCUUAUGUCACCUUCUCGAAAAUGACCCAGCUCUCCUCCCCUCUUAUCUCUCUUUAAAUACCCCCAUUGACUCAGUGUUAGCCAGUUCUUGCACUCCCCACUUCCUUAAACACCCAAAAAAGAGAGCUCAUUUUUAGUUAUUCUGCUGGCAUUUGUUGGAAGCUUUGAGUUCGGAUUCGAAUUCUAAAAUCUGGGUUGUUAUCGUUUUGAUGAAUUUUGGGGUCUUUGAAAAUGGAUCCUCCACUCAUAAACGAAUCUUCAUUCUCUGCUGCCAACCCAUCUUCCUAUAGUUUGGCCGAGAUUUGGCCAUUUGGUGGAGAACCCGGUGGCGUUUCUAGGCUGGGCCUUCGAAUGAGCCAUAUGGGCCAAAACCCAAGUGGGCUUGGAGAGAGCUCCGGAAAUCGAGAUGGGUCGAUGGAGGAAUCCACUGUAACGGGGCAGAGUGGCGGUGGUGGUGGAAGGAAGAGAAGGGAUGUGAGCUCUGAAGACGAGUCUUCAAAGGUGGUCUUCACUAGUAGUGCCAAUGAUUUGAAUAACUCAAAUGGUAAGAGGACGAAAUUAUCAGGAUCCAAACGUGAAAACGGUGUUUCAAAAGUUGAAGCGGAAUCUAGUUCGGUGGUUGGUGAUAAGCCAGUUGAACAAGCAAGUAUGCCUUCUGAACCGCCCAAACAAGAUUAUAUUCACGUUAGAGCAAGAAGGGGCCAAGCUACUGAUAGUCACAGUCUCGCAGAAAGAGCAAGAAGAGAAAAAAUUAGUGAAAGAAUGAAGAUUUUACAAGAUUUGGUUCCUGGAUGUAACAAGGUAGUUAUUGGUAAAGCACUUGUUCUUGAUGAGAUAAUUAAUUACAUCCAAUCUCUGCAGCGCCAAGUUGAGUUUCUGUCAAUGAAGCUAGAAACAGUAAAUUCGAGGAUGACUUUGAGUCCUACCAUUGAAGGCUUUUCGUCAAAAGAUAUUGGUCUGCAGGCAUUUGAUGCUGCAGGAUUGUUAUUUGGCUCACAAGCACCAAGGGAUUAUGCUCAAGGCUCACCACCCGAAUGGCUGCAUAUGCAGGUUGGUGGUAGUAUCGAUUGACAAACAUAAAGGCGACCAUUCUUGAGUUCAUCUUCCUUAAUCUGUAGGGAACUUGUUUAAUUAUUUCCAUAUUUGAUGCUGAAAUGUGUUUCUUUAUGUUAUGACCAUUCUUAUCAUUGUAAUACGAUAGAUAGUAGAAUUCAUCUAAUAUGUACCAUCUGACUGGAUACACUGUACUCUUGUUGUAUCAGUACCUAUAGAAAAUUUGUUAAAUUUAGCUGAGUAAAGACUGUUCUUUCUAGUUUUUUCCCA